UUCACUAUUCGGUAGGGCUAUCUUUGGGUCUAAGUUUUAUUUUUUGCACAAUCUUCUUCUAGAUUCUGGCUCAAGCUUUGAACCAAUUGCAAGUGCUCAAAUUUUCCCUGAUGAAACAGUAGGGCAAAACAUGGGAUUCUAUCUUAAUCUCAAACUCAAGGCUUUCAGGCUGAAACAGUUUCUGCUAGGACAUGGAGGCAGAAAAAGAAAGCACAAGAAGUUGGCAAAGCCUUCAUGGAUGGUGCCCAUGAGAUAUGGUUAUCAUGUGGUGGAGCAUAAUAUGAUCAGUGAUGGUUUUUCUGAUGACUCAGACUUUGAUUCAGUGGUGGCACAGAGAGAGGAAAUAGAUAAUACAGAAUUGUAUUAUUUUGGAAUCUUUGAUGCACUAAUUGGAGACAGGGUUACCAACUUCAUGCAGUCUCAUUUCUUUGACAAGAAGCUUCAAGAGCCUCAUAUAACGAGAAAAAGCAAAGAGGCUCUAAAGAGAGCUUACCUGAGUGUAAGAGCAAAGAUCAGAGAGGAACACGGAUUAGAGGAAACAUGCAGAAUGGGUUCAGCUUGUGUUAUGGUGAUCAAUGGAGAAAAACUUGUAGUAGCCAACAUGGGAGAUUAUAGAACUGUUGUGUGCAAAGAUGGCAUAGCUCAUCAGGCAACUGGCACAUACCAACAACCACGUAAACUACAUUGGUCUCGCAGACUCUUUGCAGGACACAUGCUAGCAUGUCUAUCAGGAAGUGAAGCAGGUGCAAAGCCUUCUAGAGGCUCUGAAGUUGUGGUUAGAAGUGAAUGGAUCGAUUCUGAUACUGAAUUUUUGAUAUUAGCAAGCAAUGGCAUAUGGGAGGUGAUGAAACAACAAGAGGCUGUGAAUCUGAUCAGCCAUAUAGAGGAUCCACAAGAAGCAGCUGAAUGCCUGGCAAAGGAAGCUUUGGUUAGGAUGAGCAAAAGCAACAUCUCAUGCUUAAUCAUUCGCUUUGACUGACACCUUACCAUAUGCAAUCCUUAGUGGCAGUGGCAGAUAAAUAUGUUUCCUUUGCUUAUACAAUGCCUUGAAAUUUUGUAUACCAAAGCUUCAUGCACCGUUGACCUUGUCUAAACCACUAUAGGUCAUAGUCAUCAGAGAUUUAAUGGUCCCCCUUCAUCAUUACCCAUCUUUUCAUUUGACUUCAAUCUUAGAACAGAAAAUAGUUCUGCUGGGAUAUUUUCAAAUGGAUACAAUACAAGGACAUAACGUUUCCUCCCCCACCCCAAUGCUAAGACGUGUUGAACUGGUUUUAAAUUAUGAUUAACAAAUA